GUAGGUCGCUGCGUGUCCGUCUGUUGCUGUUACAGACAGAGAAUAACUUGUCUUUUACAUAAACUCUCCUAGUAAGGACAGAGUGAGACACAGAGAGAGAAAGACAGAGAGGUGGUGAUGGGGGAAACAGAAGACAGGGACCAUGACACAGUCUGUGGUCAGAAUUAGUUUAAAUGUUAUUUUUUUAGUGUUUGUUCUUAUAGUUUAGUGAUGGAGCCCCAACGGCAGAUAUACAAAAGACUGGACAUUCCUGAUCAUGUGCAUUACAUCAUCGCCUUCCUCAUCCUCGUCGUCGGCACUUUGGGGGUUACAGGCAACACACUGGUCAUGAUCGCUUUCUACAGCAAUAAAAAGUUGCGGAACCUGCCAAAUUAUUUCAUAAUGAACCUGGCAGUCAGUGAUUUCCUCAUGGCCAUCACGCAAUCUCCAAUCUUCUUCAUAAACUGCCUUUAUAAGCAGUGGAUGUUUGGAGAACUGGGAUGUAAAAUAUACGCAUUCUGCGGUGCUCUGUUUGGUAUCACCUCUAUGAUAAACUUGUUGGCGAUCUCUAUUGACCGAUACCUGGUCAUCACCAAACCACUGCAGACCAUCCAAUCAAAUUCCAAACGCAAAACCUUUCUGGCCAUCCUGUGCAUCUGGCUCUAUUCGCUGGCCUGGAGCCUCGCACCUCUGAUUGGCUGGAGUUCCUACAUCCCUGAAGGUUUGAUGACAUCAUGCACAUGGGACUACGUGUCGCCAUCUCCGGCCAACAGGAGUUACACCAUGAUGCUCUGCUGUUUUGUCUUCUUCAUUCCUCUGGCCAUAAUACUUUACUGUUAUCUCUACAUGUUCCUCUCUGUACGACAGGCCGGCAGAGAUUUGGAAAGGCUGAAUUAUCAGAAGUCCAAUUUUGUGAAGCAGCUGUCAAUGAGGAGUGAAUGGAAACUGGCUAAAAUAGCGGCAGUGGUCAUUGUGGUUUAUGUCCUUUCCUGGGCACCUUACGCGUGUGUCACCCUCAUCGCCUGGGCAGGGCAUGCAAGCAUUCUCAGCCCUUACUCAAAAACACUGCCAGCAGUCCUCGCCAAAUCAUCCGCCAUCUACAACCCUUUCAUAUAUGCAAUAGUUCACACCAAAUAUCGAGCCACAUUAGCUGAGAAGAUACCAGGUUUAUCUUGUCUGUCUCGCUCUCAAAAGGACUGUCUCUCUUCCUCCAUUAAUAGUGACACGUCAGUUCAGGACACCAGUAUGAGCAGACAGUCUUCUGUCUCCAAAAACAAACUCCACACAACCACGGGCAACUCCUGUACUAUGGAUGCAUGUGUGUAUGUGUGUGUGAGAUUGCAGGUAAUGGGAGAUGUAGAGCUGGACCUGAUGAAGAAUAGUUCAAACAUGUCCAGAGUGCCAUUUAGAGGCUCUUCCAAACAGAGAAAAAUUGUAAAAUGCUCUUCACUGAUGAUGGAGAAGCCUCCAGUACAGAUAAAAGAGUCAGUCAGCCUUUGUGAACAUGAUCUCGUCUCUGGAUCCUUCGCCAUGGUAACCACACCAAUGGUUGUUUACACUAAGAAAGCAGGAGUGCUGGCAUGACCUCUGACCAUCCAUUUCACCCAAAGAAUGACUCUGUGACCCACAGCUCCUCUGAUACUCCCAAAAUCAUCAUCCUGAGAGAAGAUAUCAACAGCUCCUCUGAUACUCCCAAAAAUCAUCAACCUGAGAGAAGAUAUGGAGGAGAAGUCUAGAUCUCACCAUCAAGACUCAAGGAACAUAAUGUUUGACCUCACGCACAUAAACUGCCCAGCAGAGUUACUGGAGACUAUGGAAAGACUCCUCACAUGAGCUCUAAAGUCUUUUCACUUGCUACUGUAAGUCUCAUCAGUUAAGACUAGCUUGUCCAGAAAACGACUUUUUAAUAAACUGUGGUUGUUAUUAACCUUUUACCACCAAUAGAUCAAAUAUAAAUGUGUUUCAUCUGAGAAACAAACAGGACAAAGAAAUUAUUGAGUUCACUGAAUACAUACAGUAUACAGAGGCCCCAAGAAGUAUUUGGACAAUAACAACUUGAUGUUAUAGCUAAUCAUAGACAACUUGAAUUUUGUUCUUUAUGUAAUUUGAUUUUACAAGUGUUUUUCCAUUUUCUGUCAUUGGUACUACAACACUUAAGAUGACAUUUCAGUGCUCAUAGUGUAAUCUUACAAAUCCAAUGGAACUUUAAACCAAUAUUACUGUGAUUUUUAACUUUAUUUUUGAACAGUAUAUUUAUUGUUUUAUCAUUUAAAACCUAACAAACUUCUGUUUGUGAAAUGUUUUGCUUGAAAAGUUUGCCCUCCUUUUCCAAAGGAAUAUUCUGGGUUCAAUACAAGUUAAGCUCAAUCGACAGCAUUUGUGGGAUAAUACGAUUACCACAAAAAUAAAUUUUGACUCGCCCCUUCUUUUCUUUAAAAAAACACAAAUCUGGGGAUACAGUGAGGCACUUACAAUGGAAGUGAAUGUGGCCAAUUUUUGAAUGUUAAAAUACUCACUAUUUCAAAAAUAUAGCCACAACAAAUGAGCAAUAUGCGUGUAAACGUGAUUUUAGUGUGAUAAAAAAACCAAAAUGACAAUUUAACAAAUUUAUAGCUCAAAUAAUACAUGUUUUUACAGAAGAAUUAAUGUAAGUAAUUUUAUUAAAUUAGAAGCUUCACAUUUCUGCCUUUAAACCAUCCAAAAUUGGCCCCCAUUGACUUCCAUUGUAUGUGUCUCACUGUAACCUCCAUUUUUGCAUUUUUUUUUUUUUUUUAAAGAAAAGGAGGGACGAGUUGAAAUACAUUUUUGUGCUUGUCAACAUUAUGCCACAAAUGCUGUCAAUUGAGCUUAACUUGUAUUGAACCCAGAACAUUCCUUUAAAAUAAAUGCCACUUGGUUUGAUAUUUUGUUAUCAAAUGCGCUGAAUUUCAUAGUUUUUUAAACGUGGCAAAUGUGUCGAGUUGUUGCUUAUUGGUCGUCUCUUCUUCACACGAUUGGCUUUCUUUUUUUUUUUUUGUAAACAUUCUUGGUAUAAAACAAACUAAAUGUUUUGAUGGGUUUUUUUUUUUUUUAUGCAGACCCUUUAUAGAGUUAUUUUCAUAGCUCAAUUAAAAUAAAACCUGUUGUAG